ACCAGUGUCUGGCUGCCUGAACCGUCAAGUUCCCACAGGAAACCGCGCCGCGUGAAAGCAGGCGCAUCUGAAAAAGGAAGCCGAAAACACACACAGGCCGCUCCCGGCAGAUUAUUACAAGCUAGCCUGUUGCUGCGAAGCUGUCUGGAUGGCUGGCGAGCGAUCGGUUCAGCCCCGCGUCAGCCGAUCAACCCGCAGAACUUGACGAUUCCCUGUGGCCUUUCUGUUUGGAAUCAAGGAGCUGGUUAGCAACGACUAACCAUGGGAAAUAAUCACGGCCACAGCCUGGGGAUUCCCGCUGGAAAAGGGCCCAAUCAGGUUGGGUGUGCUGACCUCAUGGUGGAUCACACCAUACAGGGAACCUUUCUUCGGCUGUAUUACCCGUGUGAACCGUCAUCAGACUCUGAACAGCCCGUCUGGAUACCAGCCACAGAAUAUUUCAGCGGUCUUUCUGACUUCAUGAAGAUGAACAGAGUCGUGGGCACUAGGAUUAUCAGUUAUCUGUUUGGACGCUAUAAAAUACCUGCCCUUUGGGAAGCACCGCUGAAGUCUGACAGGAAGUAUCCUCUAGUUAUCUUCUCUCAUGGGCUCGGAGCUUUCCGGACAUUAUACUCGGGCAUAUGUAUUGAGAUUGCAUCCCAGGGCUUCAUAGUCGCAGCCGUGGAACACAGGGAUGAAUCUGCCUCUGCUACAUAUUAUUUCAAUAAAAAGUGUGAGACUGAGCAACAGGAUGACCAGGCCUCUGACGACUUGGAGCAGGUCUGGAUGUACUACAGACCUAUAAAACCAAGGGAAAAUGAAUUUCCUCUUCGGAACAAACAGGUACUGCAGAGAGCAGACGAAUGUGUGAGAGCCUUGAAACUUAUUGCUGAAAUGAACUCGGGACGUACUGUUAACAACGUCUUGCAGUCACAUUUUGACUGGUCAACAUUAAAGAACUCUGUCGAUCUGUGUAAAACAGCCAUAAUGGGCCAUUCGUUCGGGGGAGCCACAGUGAUUGAAACCCUCAGCAAGGAGCCCACUUUCAAAUGUGGCAUUGCUUUGGAUAGUUGGAUGUUCCCCUUAGAUGAAGAAAUGUUCCCUAGGGUCAAACAACCGAUUCUGUUCAUCAACUCUGAGAAGUUCCAGUGGGCAGGGAACAUCAUUCGCAUGAAGAAACUGGACUGUACCACUGUACAAAGAAAAAUGAUCACUAUCAGGGGAUCUGUUCAUCAGAGCUUCCCAGAUUUCACCUUUCUUACUGGCAACUGGAUCGGAAAGAUGAUACACUUGAAGGGCGAGAUUGACCCCCACGUAGCACUUGAUCUGUCUAAUAAGGCGUCCUUGGCAUUCCUUCAGAGACACUUGUCACUGGAAAAAGACUUCAAUCAGUGGGACCCUCUAAUUGAUGGAAAGGAUGAAAAUCUGAUUCCAGGCACCAACCUCAUCAUUCCUCCAUCUUCACUGUAAAGGGGAACCUGACUUCCUCCAUCAUCACUGUGAACGGGAACCUGACGUGGCAGAGAUGAGCCACAACACUGUCGUGCAGUUUCAGUGUGUCAGUCCUGAGCUAUAUUGCCAUAUUUCCAUGUUGUUCAGAACUCAGCAAAUUGCAAUGCCUGGAGAACACUGCAAGUAUGUGGUCAUACUUCUUAUGACAGCCGAGUGACUAUAUAAGCAUCGGGUGGCACUGAAUGACGGCCAAGUAAAUGACACGUGACUUUCAUGCUCUCAGCACCAGCACUUACACAAUGUCCCCUUCUGUGAGGGGAAAAAAAAAAGUCUUGCACAGAAAGGUUAAGCAAUGAUUAAUCAAUGAUUUCAUGCAACUUUUUUAAAAAGUAUGUUUUCUAUCAGAUAACUUUAUAUAAUUAAGUAUUCACACUACAUUUCUUUACGAAAUUUCAAAGGCAUUAACUUUAAUAGUCUUUUCUCCUACUUUGCUUAUAGGCAAAGGGCCUAUAUUACAAAACAACUGAGGUAUGAUUAAUACAAUCAUGAAUUAAAAUGGACUUUUUACCAUAUGUAAUGUAUUCUGUAAUGCUGAUUCAAUAUGCUGAAAUUAGUGAUUAAAAUUAUGGUAAAUUACCCUUCAAAUGAAA